UGUUAUAUGAGAUUAUACAAUAAAUUAAAUAUUAAUUUGUGUUGACUGUGCACGAUGUUUGUGUGGAUAAAUGAACAAUUUCGUAUAUUUAAUUUAUGAUAAGAUUUUACAACAGUUGGAUAAGGAAAAUCCUGCUUAUUAUAUUGAAAUACCAAAGUAAUUUGAAUGAAAUAUACAAAACAAAUUGACAAAGCUUUGCAUAUUACGUAAAACAUGAGCAGAAUAGAAAAUAACUGUCUCAAAAUUGGAAAAAAGAAAUAAAGUUCUAACAUUCCAAAUUUAAAUUGUGGAAAAAAAAUGGAACCACAGAAACCAUUCGCUUGUACUCUACCGGAUUGUGGAAUGACAUUUACGAAUGAAGAUCACUUACAUGUUCAUACAAAAAAACAUGACAUGGUACUUCAGUUGGGCAUGGAACAGAAGGCAGCCUUCGUAGCUGAUCAAACUCCGACGCCAACCCGCUUCAUCCGGAACUGUGAGGAGGUUGGACUCUUCCAAGAUCUUCAAAAUGUUAACCCAUUCGAUGAAGGCUUUAAGAGAGCUAUGGAGACAAAGCAUGGUGUACUAUCUCUGGAGGCAGGAUCGUCGACAGAGGAUGCUUUACACACUCCUCAUCUCCUCUUUCCGCUGGAGCCAGGCGACUGUGCACUAUAUACCGCUAACAAUCAACGCAACAUCACAAUUAGCAGAUCAUCAAGUGACGAAUCUGGCGCCGUCAAAGAAUAUGAAACUACAACUAUUUCGAAACUAACGAACGAAGUCACAACGAUAAGUAGAGUUGUCGGUAAAGAUCCGACAGACAGAGCAAAGACAACAGACGACGUGUCUAUAGUCAGUCACGAGGAGUUAGCUAAAUGCAAAGACGGGGCUAGCGAAACAUCAGUUUCAUACACAAAUAAUGUUAUAAAUAUACACAGCAAUGUAGAAAUAAGAAAAUAUAGCUUAGUUAAUAUAGACGCUAAAACGCCGACGGUUAUAUAUUCAGAUAUCAAGGAUUCACCGACUAAACAUGUGACCGGGAAAAAAGACAAAUUACCACCGAUAAUGAGUCAGAAGUCGCUGGAUUUUGUCGUCGAUAGUCUAACGUCGGAUGUCUGUCGCGAUAAUGACGCCAAAAAGAUAUUUCAAAGUGACGUCAUUAAAUCUGAUAAUGUGAAAGAGAAGAAAGAUGAUUACGAAGUUAUAAUAAAACAACCGAUUAAUAAACGCGAUAGGAGAAAAGAUGUUGACGAAAACGAGACCACGAUACAAUAUAACACUAAAGAGAAAUUGAAGAAAGCGAUUAAAAAUAAAUCAAUUAAAAAUACAACACCAAAGCAGAUACCGAACGCAAUUGUCCAAAAUAUAAUACCAAUAACUGCUGGAACUCUGAUACCGGUCACUGUUUUGAAUUCUCCGCUACCAAUAUUAGCGAGUCCGCUACAGAAAAUACCGAUAGUACCUCUACCUUCGACUGUUAAAACUAAUUACAAAUCUGUUAAGAGAAAAAAAAACGAUAACAUUAAAAGUGACGAUGUUAAAACUAAAACGGAUACAAAUAAACUUGACGAUUGGGACAAGGCUGAUCUCGUUAAACGGAACGCUAGGCAGCUUCUAGAGAGUCGAAGCGCAGCUUCUAGGAGAUACAGGCAAAAGUUAAAAGAGGCGAUGCAAAAACAGAGCGAAGAGAACAGACACCUGCGGGAGGUCAAUCAGAAGCUGAACGCUGAGAGGGCGGUCCUCAAGCAGAUCAUUACGCAGCAUCUCAAGAACUGUCCCAUUGGUGACGAUUUAAGAAAUAUUCAAGAGAAGUUACAACACGCCAGUAGUAAUUCGAACACGACUGACAUUUGAAAUCCAAUUAAUUAUUAUUAUUUAUUUAUUAAUAUUAUACACCUUUAUUUUUUAAUACUUUGUACUGUUGAAUAAAA